AUGGGGUGCAUCGCCAGGGACACAAGCGGUGAUGUGAUCUGCGCUGUUGCAGGCAAUCUCUCAAACAUAUCCGUCGUGAUUCAUGCUCAAGCUGUGGCUCUCAUGAAGGCAAUCAACAUGGCUGAGGGGAGGAUAACUGAAUUUGGUAUGGGUGAAAAGGCGUCAGAAUCAUUGCGCCAGGGCCGGGAGGAGGCUCCAAGGAAGCAGCAACACACUGCGGCUUGCGGUCCUCUGGCUGUCGCAGGACCGGCCAUCGCAAAUGAGGGCCGAGGCGACGCUCCGCGGAGUAAGAUUGUUAUCACAGAGAUGGAUGAGUUCGUGUUGGGCUUACAACUGAAUGCAGAAACAUGCAAGCGAGAAGCGCGUGACGUGUUUGCGGACGAAGAUGACGGUGCGGCGUCUUCAGGCACUCUGUCAAAAGAUGACAAAAGCGGGUCGGCGGCAAGGAAAAUGACAGCUGGAAUUGAAGACCAAGUAAAGGAUGGAGAAGAUGCAGCAGUCAAACCGGAUGAGGUUCUGCAUGAAGCUGAAAUUGGCAAAGGUUUGGCUGGUGCUCUGAGGCUUCUUAAGGACAGAGGGACACUUGAUGAGGGUGGUGAAAAAAUCAGUGACAAGAAGAAAAGCAAGCCUGUUGGUAUCAAGGAUGGACCAAAAGAAAUUAACAUAGAGAGAACUGAUGAGUUUGGUCGAGUGAUGACUAUGAAGGAGGCAUUUCGGGAGCUUUCACGCAAAUUCCAUGGCAAGGGCCCUGGCAAGACGAAGCAGGAGAAACGGCAGAGGAAGUACCAGGAUGAGUUGAAAACCAAGCGGAUGAAAUCUUCCGACACGCCUUUAAUGUCUGCGGAGAAGAUGAGGGAGGCCCAAGCGCGCAGCAAGACACCAUACCUUGUUUUAAGCGGCAAUGCAAGAUCAAGGCAUGCUGGCUAGCAACAUACUUCUAAAUUGUUUACUUGCC